CUCUGGCCGCACUGCAGACUGCGGCGGCGGACAGUGUCACGAUGGCUACACUGGGAGCUGUGUUUGGCUUAAGUACCUGUCUCAGUGCCCAAGUCCGGGAAGAGCCAGAGGAUCCUUUGAACUAUUUCAUAGGCGGCUGUGCAUCAGGAGCUGUCUUGGGAGCGAGAGCUCACAGUUACCUCACUGGCACCACAGCAUGCCUGGGGUUUGGAAUCACUGCAGCUCUCAUGAAGAUCGGUAACAAGGAGGGCUGGAGACUGACAGGACCUCCCAAGCUGUGAAUGUCACCUUUCCCUCUGUGAGCUGGCUUCCAAAUGCUGUAUGUACUUAGGACGUCAUGUAAUAAAGAUUUGGUCCAAUCAGCA